UGACAAGUUGUCAAGUCGUCAGUUGCCAGCAUGGCUGACCGAAAACAAACUAGGGAAAUAUGUAAAGUAUUUAUUUUAUGUAUAUUAUGGUAUGCAGUGAGUUCUACUAAUAAUGUCAUCGGUAAAACUGUACUCAAUGAAUUUCCUUACCCCCUAACGAUGACAAUGGUCCAGUUACUAUCUAUAACAGUUUUAAGUGGACCAUUUUUCAAUCUGUGGGGUGUUAGGAAAUAUGUAGAUAUUCCUUGGAAUUACUACUGUAGGUUAAUUAUUCCAUUGGCAUUUGGAAAAUUCGUAGCCUCAGUUUUUUCACAUGUAAGCAUAUGGAAGGUUCCAGUUUCAUACGCUCACACAGCUUUUCAGACUCAUCAUAAUUACAGAGUUUGUGCUCUCCUGUUGGCUGAUGGUGUACUUAAUUGGUUUCAAAAUAUAAUAGCUUUUAGUGUUCUCUCAUUGGUGACACCAUUAACUUAUGCUGUUGCUAAUGCUAGCAAAAGAAUAUUUGUGAUUGGUGUCUCAUUAUUUAUUUUGGGAAAUCCUGUUACUGGCACUAAUAUUUUUGGUAUGGUUCUUGCUAUAGCUGGGGUCCUAUGCUAUAAUAAGGCAAAAUAUGAUCAAAAGCAGGCAGAAAACAAACAAACAGUGUUACCUUACACUCGUGAAACUUGGCGAGAGAGAAACAAUAUAAUUUACCCGUUGAGCAAUGGAAUGUCUAAUGGAAAUGCAGUUGGAAAAUCUUAUCCGUAUACUAAUGGAACAGUAUCAGGUCGCUCACAUAAUGAAAAAUUAGAUUUUACUCCGAUACGUAAUAAAGGAAAUCUGUUGUUUGUUUGAAAAUUUCCAUAUAUUUUUACUGUUUCCUGUACUGAAGCAAUUUGUUGGGAUGAUCUGUUGAUUGAUAUUUUGAAAUUAU